AUUUGAUUUAUUUGGUUGAAAAUUUUCAUUUCCUUCCCUUACAUGUCUUUUUGCUGUUUUGUUUGAUCUUCUUGCUCCGAGCAAGUGGAAUGGUGGAGCUGAUGUUGUUGACAGGUGUUACCACUUCUUUCAAUUAUUUGCUUCCUCAAUUUUCAGCUGCAGCUAAUUCCGCUGCCCCAAGUUUAAUUUUUCGCUCAAAUCUCUUCAAAGCAUCAAAUACCCUUAGAACAGGAAGAUUUGCUUUCUCUCUUGCUAAGAAACGCUCAAAACGUUGUACCUGUGUGAUUGAGUCAAAUUGGGCCUCAGCCUCAGAAAAAUUACAGGGAGUUUGGGAAGAUCCUGAUGAUGGCAGUGACAGUGAUUAUGAUGAAGAAGAUGAAGAAGAGGAAGAAAAUGACUUGGAUUAUGAGAGUGAUUGGGAGCAAGAAACAGCUGCCACAUCUACUACUAGCUCAGUCGAUAAUUCCACAGAAAACAGUUAUGAGGAGGAUCUUGUGAAGGAGGUUGAACAGCUUUUAGGACCAGAAGAAAGAGCAAUUUUGCGGCAGAAUGCAACUUACAACCUGGACAAAAUAUCAACAGAAAAAUGGAAGCCACUCCAGACCCUUGCUCUAUCUGGACAGAUACACUCUAUGGACAAGCUUCUAGAAGAUGGACUCAGUAUUGACAGUGUUGAUAAGGACGGUCUUACGGCCCUGCAUAAAGCAAUUAUCGGUAAAAAGGAGUCUGUAAUUAGUCAUCUUUUAAGAAAAGGUGCAAGCCCUCAUGUCAGAGAUCCGGAUGGUGCUAGCCCUCUGCAUUAUGCGGUUCAAGUUGCUGCUAUGCAAACUGUGAAGUUAUUGGUCAAAUACAAGGUUGAUGUAAAUGUUGCAGAUAAUGAAGGCUGGACACCGUUGCACAUUGCAGUGCAAAGUAGAAACAGAGAUAUAGUUAAAGUUUUGUUAGUGAAUGGUGCAGAUAAGAACAGACGAAAUAAGGAUGGAAUGACACCCCUGGAUCUUUGCUUAUGUUAUGGAAAAGACUUCAAGUCAUAUGACCUUGCCAAGUUAGUGAAGAUUGUACCAGCUAACAGGGAUCUUUGAUGGGCAUUCCACAACCACAACUUUAAGAUCAAAUGUAUAGUCAAAAGUUCAUUUGAAACUGUGCUCUGCUUUUCAGAAUGCAUGAAACAAUCUUUGAACCUGUUGUUUCUUAGUGGAUUUGUUAUCCAUUAUACAGGAGCACUUUUGGUUCACAACUUCUUGCGCACCAUUCAAACCUGUUGAGUCUCUUGGGAACCCAUGUAUUGCAGCUCAUUGGCGAGUUAAUCCUUGGGAAGAUGUGCUAUUUUUCUUGUCAGUGACACAGGCUCAUAGAGGCCUUUUGGAAUGGCCAAUGCUGCUAGUGAUGAUCAUUUGUGAAUGUUUAGUGACUGGCAUCGCUGGGUGUAUGGCAUCAUAUCAAAACUUAUUACAUCUCCCAGCAACAAAAGCACCCAGUUAGGUCGGUAGAAUAAUUCCAAGUCGUUUAUAGUGCGCAUGAGUCUGUACUUGUGGGCAUGCCAGGAGAAAAAUAUUUUUACUGGCUGCAUCAAUGAUGUUUGGUGAAACACCUGUUUGCGUUUUCCUAAUCACAUUUUGUUGUGUGAAGUACUCUGUUAUAUCCCAAAAGAAGUAGCAGUCUUUUCUUCCCUUCUCUGUUCCAUGUAAAUCUUGGGAGAAGGUAUGCCAGCACAAAUUCUUUUUAAA